AUGCGGGGCCAUGAGGGCCCCAGAAGAACCCACUGCCUGGAAAUGACAUUGUUUCAGAUUAUUCUCUAUUUCAAACUCUACUACUUCCCCUUCUGGUGGGUCUGCACUAUUGUCAUGUUACAUCUAACGUUCUGGCAGCUGGUGGGAUAUUUCUGGACGGUGGAAAUCGCUCUCCUGGUUGUGAUGUCUCUUGUGGUGGUGAUUAGGAUGUAUCUGGGUGACAUGACCUGCAGGAGAAGGUGCCAGAGGUGGCUGGUUUGGCUGCUGGUGUCCGUUGUGCUGUACCUGCAUCUGUCUGAGAAACCCACUGAGAAGGGGUUGAAGACUGUAAGUGGGCUUGCUGCUGGGGUAGCUAGUGGUGGGUUCCUCACCCUCAGAGAGAUACUGUGUCAGCUCCUGUCUUGCUUUCACCUCCGACAAUUCGACCAACAAGAGGAGGAGGUCCCGAGCACCAGCUCCCCGUAUGACCCCCAGCCUGACACCCAGCCAUAA